GGAAUGAAAGACAUGUCAAAUCAGGAGGAAAUUAAGAAAUUUGAUUAAGGAGUCGUUGAAGUAUAUACGGAAGUGGUGGGUAAUGAUUAACGAACGAAUCAUUUACCUAAGAAGAAAGGCCAGCUCUAUAAAUGAACUCAUAUGAUUGAACCGGAGCCGCCUUUGGAAAUCUGAAGAGAUUCAACAACUCUUCUCACUUCCCAGAUAUUAUCUCCAUCCACUCCGUGCUUAUCCCUUUCUGGGUUCUUACUCUCUCCUCUUCAACCUCUAAUCUUCGUAUUCUCUUCACGCUUUUUCUUGGUCCUGUACCAGAGAAGACUGUUUGCUAUACAUCCAGUAUACUCAUCAGUUCAUGGUUGGAGCCUUUUGCCUCCGAAUUCCUGGAUUAAUUUCUCUCUGACAUUGAAUUGAACAGAAUUCCCGAUUGAUGGGUUUCUGUUUCUGAAAUUGGUGGAUAUAGCGGGGACAAAUAUUCUUUUGUAGAAAGAAGUGUUAUGGCAUUUCUUUUCUCAUUCUUUGUUAUUGAAAUAUGACUCCUGCAUAGAUAUGGAGAUUGUUUUGUGUUUCUUGCUGGAUUUUUGACUUAAUCAAAACUUAAAUCUUGAUUACAUUUGGAUACUUUGUCAUUGACCUGUAACUUAAUUGAAACUCCGCCACCUAUAUCUUAUUAUAGUUAUCAAAUUGAAAGUUUUCUGCAGAACUGUAGCAAAUUGCAGCCUUCAGUUUGGCAGGUGGAUGAAUGGUUUUUCUCCCUUCUGAGACCAUGAAUCACCAUAGUGUUCUAUCUGCAAAACAAACAGAGUCUACUAAAGGUUUUACUCAGUCUUACUGUGCUGCAGUAUCCCCAAUUCAUAACUUACCGAAUGUCGAGUUAGAAGGUCAAAAUUCAUUCAAGAGUGAUUGUUCAUCUUCACAUUCACCUUGUACUCAAACAGAAUUACCUGGUCCCGCCAAUUUCAUGCAAGCAUCUGUAGUUCAGCCCCAGAAGCUUUGCUCAAAAUCUGGACCAUAUAGCUCUGUGUCUUCUGAUACUCAUGCUCAAUAUCCCAAAUGCACAUUUUCUCGUUCUUCUGUGUUUUGUACCAGCUUAUACCUGUCAUCUUCAUCAAGCACUGAAACCCAUCGACCACUUGGAAAUCUUCCAUUUCUUCCUCAUCCAUCAAUGUCCUACCAGUCCAUUUCUACUGUUCAUUCAACAAAAACUCCAUUUUUGAGUGGGGAUUCAAGCAGUUUAUAUGAUGAGGGGAAUUCUGAGGAUAUGAUGAAAGGCUUUCUCAAUUUGUCCAGUGAUGCUUCAGAUGAGAGUUUUCAUGUUAUGAAUUGUGCAAGUGACAAUAUAACAUUUUCAGAGCAAUUGGAGUUGCAGUUUUUGUCUGAUGAACUUGAUAUAGCUAUAGCUGACAACGGAGAAAAUCCCAGACUUGAUGAAAUAUACGAAAUGCCUCAAGAUUCAUCAACACCAGCCAUGGCAUUAGGACUGACAGUCAAUCAAAAUCAUCAAUCUGCGGCAACAUCUGCUGAUGCUUCAUCAGGUCAACCCUCUCCAGGGGCUGCUGCUGCACACAAGCCAAGAAUGAGAUGGACCCCUGAGCUCCAUGAGCGUUUUCUAGAGGCUGUCAAUAAGCUUGAGGGGGCUGAAAAGGCAACACCAAAGGGGGUAUUAAAGCUUAUGAAUGUUGAAGGUUUGACCAUUUAUCAUGUGAAAAGCCACUUACAGAAAUACCGGCUUGCUAAGUAUAUGCCAGAGCGAAAGGAAGACAAGAAGGCUUCUGGAUCCGAAGAAAAGAAAGCUGCUUCAAGUAACAAUGAAAGUGAUGGAAGGAGAAAAGGGAACAUUCAAAUCACUGAGGCUUUGCGCCUGCAAAUGGAAGUUCAAAAACAGCUUCAUGAACAGCUUGAGGUGCAAAGGACUCUUCAGUUACGCAUAGAGGAGCAUGCAAGGUACUUGCAGAAGAUCUUGGAAGAACAACAGAAGGCUGGCAGUGCCUUGAUCUCUCCUCCAAGCUUGUCAUCACCGACUAACCCUCAACCAGAUUCUGAAAGGCAGCCUUCUUCUCCAUCAGCUACCACCACUCUCCCCCAACCAGCAGAGUGCAAAGCUGAUUCCUCAUCACCUCCACCAUCAAAGCACAAAGCUCCUACUGAAACUACCGACUCUGAACAGCAAGCAUGCUCGAAGAGAUCCCGUCUUGAAUCCAACCCAGAAUCAGUUUCAGAUGAGGCUGUGGUUGAAAAUCCCAGCCAGUGAUCUGAAACUCUAUUUUUCUUAGCAUUUGUAGGUAUUCCAAUCUCUUGCAAAUAAAGCCAAAACCCCAUGUAAAUUAGUAGGUAGAAGUAGAACUGAGUAUUUGCUUGGUCUGUAUGCUUGAAAUUAGCUACUUGGGUGAAAGAGAGUGGCUCUCUAAUUGGAUGAAUUUGUUGAAUGGAAGCAUAUUUUGUUCAGAUUGUUGAAUUUUUGGCUGA